AUGAUACCGUCCGACUGUGCGCUGGAUAUAUCGAACGUGUACCACUCGACCGCGGUGGUGAUCGAGGGAAGCUGCGUGAGCAAGACCGAGCCGACCGCGGUCUUAAGGGAUGUGUCCGCUAGGGUCCAUGGCGGAGAGGUUCUGGCGAUACUGGGCUCGAAGGGGUCGGGUAAACGGGCUCUGCUCGACGUUAUAGCUGGAAGGGCGGAAGGGGAAACAAGGGGCAGAGUCACAUUGAACAACAAUCUGCUGACACCGGAAUUGUUUAGACGUCAUGGAGGAUAUGUGGCUCACAGGUGUCAUUUGCUGCCCAGUCUGACUGUCCGGCAGACUCUGACCUACGCCACCUGGUUGGCUAAUUUAAAUAACAGGGAGAACCGAGUACGCCAGACAUUGGCGGACCUGGCAUUGUCUCAAGUGGCGAACAGGUCGGUAAACGAUCUGACCAAGCCAGAAUACAGGAGAUUGAUGCUGGGAGUCCAGCUUGCUAAGGACCCGACGUUGCUACUAUUAGAUGAGCCGACAUGGGACACAGAUCCUCUUAAUACUUAUCUGAUCGUUUCUAUGCUAUGGUCCUACGCGACCAGAAGAGGAUCCAUCGUUGUUCUAACAAUGGAGACACCUAGGUCGGACGUGCUUCCGUUCGUGAGUCGCGUGACACUUCUGUGCCUUGGCGCGGUCGUUUAUUCGGGACCAACCAGGAGCAUGUUGGAUUAUUUCACGUAUAUCGGAUUCCCUUGUCCUGAGCUGGAGAAUCCUUUAAUGUACUACUUGUGCCUGUCCACGGUCGAUCGCCGAUCCAGGGACCGUUUUCUGGAGUCCAAUCAACAGAUAUCCGUAUUGGUCGAUAAGUUCAAGGUUGAGGGUACUAUUUACAUGAAGGAGGCUCCACACAUACCGCCCAACGUGAAAGACACGCCUCUUGGUAUUAUGCACAAGGGGCUGGGUCGAGGAAUCAAGCCUGGAUGUUUCUCCACCCUUCUUGCUCUUUAUUUGAGAGCUAUGGCCGCGACGUUUGCCUUCAACAAGUCUGGGCUAGGACACUUCACCACUCGGCUUCUGUUGCUACCGUUCACCGUUGCCCUGAUGAGCAUCCUAUACUCCCAUUCAACCCCUGUUCAGUCCAGGAUAUUUCUCCAGACAGGCGGUCUAGUUUUCAACGUACUGACAUUGUUCUAUGUCGCCGGGAUAGCGUCCACGGCGCUCCUCUUUCCAGGUUAUCGGGCCAGAUAUUACCAGGAGAAACGGGAGGGCCUUUACGGUGGCGCGAUGUUCCUAACCGCGUACGCGUUGUUGAGUUUACCGCUCAGUUUCGUCUCGACAAUGAUCACAAUUGGUAUCCUGACGCCUAUCUUAGAGCUAGACCUAUCGUCCUGGGCGUACGCCUCUGGAGUACUGUGGGCCAGCUACGUGGCGGCUGAACAGGUGACCGUGGCUGUGAUGAUGGUCGUUGGGAGACCGAUAACAGGUGCUAUAACCGUGUUGUACAUGACACUGGUGUCCCUCGUGGUCGCCUCUGGAGCCAUCAGGAGCUUGAAAGGCUUGCCGUACUGGCUUGCCGCUGUUUCCACCGCGUUACCAGCGAGAUACGCUUCUUUAGCCCUGAACCAACUGGCCAUCGACAUGCCCACGUUCCUGCAUCUUCAUUAUAACGAGAGCUUCGCGUGUCCAGGCGUACCGGAACUGUGCAGAUAUCCCGACGGAAGGACCUAUUUGAUAGAACGUUUCACACGCGAGGGUGAAAAUAUCUCGGAGGUGUUGAACGUCGAUCUGAACCUACUGAUCUCGCUGGCGUUCGCCGUUGGACUGUGUAUAUUUAACAGCGUGCUCUACCUGUUACCGCUUCCCGCGAGAGUUAAGGCAAAGUUCAGAGAAUAAG